GCAACUCAUCUCUAUUGUUUCACUUCAUGUUGAAUGUCGAUUUUACUAGAGUAUAGGAUUGUGAAGACGGAAGCCUUUUGGAAGGGUUGAUUUAUCAUCGAUUAUACCGUUUCCUGAUAAAAAUGGGAAGUAACGUGACGAAAGUGGAAGCAAAUCAAGAACCGGAGAAAAAACUAAAGCCGUGCUGCGCUUGUCCUGAAACUCGAAAAGCUCGCGACACUUGCAUCGUCGAGAACGGCGAGGAAAAUUGCAGGGAUCUGAUUGAGGCACACAAGACAUGCAUGCGGGACAUGGGAUUUAAUAUAUAGUUAUUUGGGAAGUACCAAAGAUGAUCUCCGUCACUCAUAAUUUUCUAUGUAAAGUAUUACCAGCAUUUGUUAAGUCAUAUAGUAUGUAUAAACUGAUUGUAUAAAUACAUUCUUAGAACGUUU